UCGCGCUCGCUGCCCCCGUCCACCAUAUUCGCCUCCCGCGCAGGCCCUGUCUCUCCUUUACCCGCCGCCGCCCACUCCCGCCCGCCCCCGUGCACCAUCCGCCCCUGAAGCUCGCCCCCGACGUCGUCGGCAGGCUGCCGCUCCGCCGCCAGAGCUCGAGCGCCCCAAUCAGCCGCUCCCCCCAGUACGUCCUGAUGCCGGACCUCGCCGUCCACAUCCUGCUGCCAUCGGCGAUUGACCUUCCCUUGUCCUGCAACCCGAACGGGAACAAGUGAAGCUCUGUACUUUCCCAAAGCUGUCAAGCCACAGCCUAACCAAACACAGCCUCAAUCGACUGGGCUCGUUCGGGAGGUUCGAUGACGAUGGUUCGGGUGAAUCCGGCGACGGCGGUUCUUGAUUCAUACAAGCACAUCAAGCGCUUGGCCGGUGGUCGGCCGGACCAGUUUGACCUCGCGGCGGUCCUGUCAGCGUGCGGGAGGCUAGGCGUCCUCGACUGUGGCACACAGGUGCACUGUGACGCGGUGAAGAGCGGCUUCUUCUCAGGCGCCUUCUGUGCGACGGCGCUGGUGAACAUGUACGCCAGGUGCGGCUGUGUGGGGGAUGCCCGCAGGGUGUUUGGCGGAAUCGCAUGCCCGGACACCGUGUGCUGGACGAGCAUGAUCUCUGGGUACCACCGAGCUGGAAGAUAUGGGGAAGCAUUGUCUUUGUUCUCGGGAAUGUUGAAGAUGGGAUCUUCUCUGGACCAAGUGACUUGUGUCACCGUCAUUUCCAUUCUCGCGAGCUUGGGUAGGCUGGAUGAUGCUAGGGCCUUGCUGAAGAGGAUGCCGGCGCCGAGCACGAUUGCUUGGAAUGCUGUCAUCUCCAGUUAUGCGCAACAGAGUGGGAUCGAGAAUGAGGUUUUUGGAUUGUAUAAGGGUAUGAAGAGGCAGGGAUUAUGGCCCAGUAGAUCGACUUUCGCCAGCAUGCUGAGUGCAGCAGCCAAUAUGAAGGCAUUUGUUGAAGGUCGACAGUUCCAUGCGUCCUCGAUAAGGCAUGGCUUGGAUGCAAAUGUUUUCGUGGGUAGUUCUCUGAUCAACCUUUAUGCGAAAUGUGGUUGCAUUAGUGAGGCGAGGUAUGUGUUUGAUUUCUCCCGUGAGAGGAACAUUGUCAUGUGGAAUGCGAUGCUCAAUGGGCUUGUUCGAAAUGAGCUACAAGAAGAGGCCAUCCAAAUGUUCUGGUAUAUGACGAGGCUUGGUCUUGAGGCAGAUGAGUUCACGUUCGUCAGUGUUCUUGGUGCAUGUGCCUACUUGGAUUCACAUUACCUGGGAAGACAAGUGCAGUGUGUGACAAUCAAGAAUGGCAUGGCUGCAAGCUUGCUUGUUGCUAAUGCAACAUUAGAUAUGCACUCCAAAUUUGGAGCUACAGAUGAUGCGAAAACAUUAUUUAAUCUGAUUCCUUACAAGGAUAGUGUAUCCUGGAAUGCCCUUAUAGUUGGACUUGCACAUAGUGGAGAAGAGGAAGAAGCAAUUGGUAUGCUUGGAUUGAUGAAUGCGGAUGGUAUAACACCAGACGAGGUGUCUUUUGCUACUGUAGUUAAUGCAUGUUCCAAUAUUCGAGCUACUGAGACUGGAAAGCAAAUCCACUGCCUAGCAAUGAAGUAUAGUAUCUGCUCAAAUCAUGCUGUUGGUAGCUCUCUGAUUGAUUUAUAUUCUAAGCAUGGAGAUGUGGAAUCUUGUAGGAAGGUUUUGGCACAGGUAGAUGCAAGUAGUAUAGUCCCAAUAAAUGCUCUGAUUGCAGGUCUUGUGCAGAACAAUAGAGAUGAUGAAGCUAUACAGUUGUUUCAGCAGGUUCUUAGAGAUGGUUUAAAGCCCUCCAGCUUUACAUUUUCAAGCAUUCUUUCUGGUUGUACUGGACUUCUCAGUUCAAUUGUUGGCAAACAAGCUCAUUGUUACACAAUGAAGUCUGGUCUUCUGAAUGAUGAUUCUUCCCUUGGUGUUUUACUGAUCCGGAUAUAUUUGAAGUCCAAAAUGCCUGAGGAUGCCGACAAACUGUUGACAGAGAUGCCAGAUCACAAAAACCUGCUUGAGUGGACAGCUAUCAUUUCAGGGUAUGCUCAAAAUGGGUACAGUUCUCAAUCAUUGCUGUCAUUUUGGAGAAUGCGCAGUUAUGAUGUUCACUCAGAUGAGGCGACAUUCGCUAGUAUUCUCAAAGCUUGUUCAGAGAUUACAGCUCUUAACGAUGGGAAAGAGAUACAUGGGCUCAUCAUUAAAUCUGGAUUUAAUUCUUAUGAAACUUCGACUAGUGCCCUCAUAGACAUGUACUCCAAGUGUGGGGAUAUCACCUCAUCCUUUGAAGCCUUCAAACAAUUGGAAAACAAGCAAGGCAUCACGUUAUGGAACUCCAUGAUUGUUGGAUUUGCAAAGAAUGGUUAUGCUGACGAGGCACUUAUGCUUUUUCAGAAAAUGCAGGAGUCACAACUAAAGCCUGAUGAAGUUACAUUCCUUGGUGUCCUAAUCGCUUGUGCUCAUGCUGGCUUAAUUUCUGUCGGUCGGCAUUACUUUGAUUCUAUGAACAAAGUCUAUGGAUUAAAGCCUAGAGUAGAUCAUUAUGCGUGUUUUAUUGAUCUCCUUGGACGAGGUGGUCAUCUUGAAGAGGCUGAAGAAGUUAUUAACCAGUUGCCCUUCAGACCUGAUGGUGUGAUCUGGGCGACAUACCUUGCAGCAUGCAGAAUGCACAAUGAUGAAGAAAGGGGGAAAGUUGCAGCAAAAGAACUUACUGAGUUGGAACCAGAAAACUCGUCUACAUAUGUGUUGGUUUCAGGCUUACAUGCUGCAGCUGGUAACUGGGGUGAAGCUAAGAUAGCCAGAGAAGCAAUGCGAGAAAAUGGAGUAUCAAAAUUUCCGGGAUGUAGUUGGGUCACAGUAGGGAACAAGACAAGCUUAUUUCUUGUACAAGACAAGAAACACCCUGACUCCCUUAGCAUCUAUGAAAAGCUUGAUGAUCUUACUGGAAUGAUGAAGAAAGAUGAUGACAUUGAGGAGUAUGAUAUGCUUAUUUCAGCUGAAAUGUUUACUUGAUGACUCAAAACCCUUUUGAACUAAAAUGCUCUGCUUAAGAAUGAGGCCCUGAUGUCAUCUUCUGGCCAAUCCAGGACUUGUGUAGAGGCUUGGUUACUGAGUUGUAGCAUCACUGCAUCAGCACAGCUUUAAAGACUAUUGGUUUCACCCUGCAUUCCAGCUCAAGGGAGCCUAAUUACCUGUGAUGAAACCACUUUGUUCAGUGGAUACCAAGAUGGCUUGUGAAGUUACCACGAGGUCACAUUCUUGAUGUGGGAAGCGGUACCAGUGAAGAUUCAGGGGGCAACUAGAACUCAUAUAUGCUCAGAUGUUGCUUAUUUGACGAAUUUGAUGUGGUGGCACAGCUGCAGUUUUCCGAUCUCUUAUGCAUUCAGAUGGUUAUUAGUCUUGUGGGAGCACGAAAUACAACUUUGUAUCCUGAUCAUAUUUUUCUACUUCCGAAUUCCACAUGGUCCUCUGAACCGUUUAGGAUAGUGUGAUCAGUAUGUCUGACUGCCAGGAUUCGCCGAAGGUCUGAUUUUGUCCAGUAUAAAUCAAUGGACAGUUAUAUGUUGAAUUAUAUAUCUGCCAGUGUUUCAGAUGUGAUUGUUAAUAACUACUCUGCUGUCUUUCUUGUGAACUAACAUUUCAGAACUGCCGCAUUGGGUUCCAUGCCACACCGUAUUAUUUUGUGUGACAUGGAUAAUGCUACAUCUCCCUAUUUAUUAUUUUUACUCAGUUAGAUUGCAAAGAAAACUACCUAGCAGCAUCCUGCCAUGUUUCAUUCUUUUUAUGCAUUGUGGGUUCAGUAGCAGUUACUUUAAAGGGCCUUUGAUUUUGCUAUUUUGUUGGCUCCAGGAAACAAAUGAGCAUAGCUGGAUGGAGCUCCAGCAUCUUGAGUUCUUGGUGUUGCACCUGUGAGACUGCAGGUGCUGACAGUCUGAUGCCUUUAGAAUUGGCUCUCAAAAUUUCAACCGAGAUUAGAGCUGGCGAACGAUUUGCAGUUUAUAUAAAGGAACGGAGGGAGUAAUACUCAAGGAAUCCCUACCUCGGUCUCUAUGCAAGAUAUUCUUACUUUCAGCUGAUUAGCAGCCACUGUUGUUCAGGAAUUUCGAGUGGCACACGUCCUGGCCUGGCAAGCCAAUGACCGGGCGGAACCGUAAUCACCGUCGCCGCCAUACUUCUGUGUACUGCUUGAAUCAUCUCGCGCUGCCUGUACUAAUUGGUUAGUUAUUUGCGUGAGCCUACGCGUCAAAAAUAAAUAAAUUGCGUGAGCCUCAGCCUCUUUAGUGUGUCAAGGACAAAGCAAAAGGAGAGUAAUGGAAGAAGAGGGCAGUGGCUUUUUUUUCAUCAGGUGCAUCCAUACAAUGUCGAGCUGGACAUCAUUUGUCAAGGUUUGUGCACAUUGAAAAUUCUUGCUGAGGACAAGAAUGAUGUUCAUCGCAAACUGAUGUAGCUUCUUAUAUAUGUACUCCAUAUUAGAUUGAUCCUCUUGAAUUAAGUUAAUCUAAAUUUAUUUAUUCAACCCAA